GGUGCUUGUUGCAGGGGCAGGAUGUACACUCUGCUGUCUGGGCUCUACAAAUACAUCUUCCAGAGGGACGAGUACUGUGUCCUGAUCCUUGGCUUGGACAAUGCUGGUAAAACUACCUUCCUUGAACAAACUAAAACCCGAUUCAACAAGAACUACAAAGGGAUGAGUUUGUCCAAAAUCACAACCACUGUGGGAUUAAACAUUGGUACUAUUGAUGUUGGCAAAGCUCGGCUCAUGUUCUGGGAUCUGGGAGGACAGGAGGAGCUGCAGUCUCUCUGGGACAAGUACUAUGCUGAGUCUCAUGGAGUCAUCUAUGUUAUUGACUCCACUGAUGAGGAGAGGCUCUCGGAGUCUAAAAGAGCUUUUGAGAAGAUGAUCACCAGUGAAGCUCUGGAGGGGGUUCCCAUCCUGGUCUUGGCUAACAAGCAGGAUGUAGAG